AACUCCUCCCUGCCGGGGAGGAGGGGAGGAGAGAGGGAGGAGGAAAGGCAAGUGCAAAAUUAGGAACGACCUUGGCCCAGGAACUUUGGCUGCUCUCCCCAUCUUAGUCCUUUUCUGCUCGGUAGGGCACAGCGCCCUCUUUCCCCAGGCUAACGCCUCAAAAAGAGUCCCCAAUGCGCAAAGCCUUCUCUGCCUCUGGGCUACCUACUUGUCCAGAUAAUCCACUCGAGAAGAGCGCGGAACGGCUGUACCGCUGUCUUUCCCGCGUUAGUGGAACCCGACCUUCCUCCCUCCAGUGGAACCCGACCUUUUUCUGUCCCGAAGGCACCCUGCACCUCCCCGACAGCGAGCCACUUUGCCCAUCCGGUGAUUUUUUUCUGUGCUGCUGAAGGGAAGGGAACACCAAACAGAGCUUAAUCAAGAUAUCUUAAGAAUUCAUCUUUCGACACUGUAAAAAGAAGAUUCUCCUUGAAAGCUGGACUAGAUAAAAUACAUGCAGAGGAGGCUCAUGCAGGAGGCGUGCUAGCAAUGAGAGGAUACCUGGUGUUCAUAAUUCUGAGUUGUGUAUUUCUCUAUUAUGUUCUUCAUUGCAUUUUGUGGAGAGAGAGCACCAGUUGGCUGCGAGUUAUAGAAAUGAAAAGAUCACCAAUGCUUUCUUGUUCACUGAAGCCUGCUUUUGAGUCUUUACUGAGUUUUCAUGGAAUAUAUCCUUUCAUGUGUACAAGUGAUUUAAAAACAAUAGCUACUCUUCAUGAAAGUGAUAAGAUUGCACUACCCUAUGGAGUAAAGAAAUCAGUGCCAGAUUUCCAUCUUGCUCUCUCAAGACUUCAGAGCUGUGACCUGUUCCCUGAAUCUGACCAAGUGCCCUGUAAAAAAUGUGUUGUUGUUGGUAAUGGUGCAGUUUUAAAGAAUAAGACACUGGGAGAAAAAAUCGACUCCUAUGAUGUAAUAAUAAGAAUAAAUGAUGGGCCUGUCAGAGGACAUGAAGAGGAUGUUGGGACAAAAACUACUUUCCGGAUUUUUUAUCCAGAAUCUGUUUUCACAAACCCAGCCGACAGUGAUCCUGAUUCUGUUGCUAUUCUUGCGGUCUUCAAACCUCAUGACUUGAAGUGGCUGUGGGAAUUGCUAAGUGGCAUCACACCAAAGGUUGAUCAUUUUUGGAAGAAACCAGCCUUAAAUCUAAUCUAUAAACCUGAAAAAAUCAGAAUCCUAGAUCCUAUUAUUACAAGAAUAGCUGCUUUCAACAUGCUUCAUUUUCCUACUACUUUUCCCAAAAAGGAGAAACCCAAACACCCAACAACGGGAAUCAUCGCCAUCACACUGGCAUUUUAUAUAUGCCACGAAGUUCACUUAGCAGGUUUUAAGUACAAUUUUACUGAUAAAGAUGGCCCUUUGCACUAUUAUGGAAAUACAACCAUGUCCUUCAUGAGCAAGAAUGAAUACCACAACAUAACUGCAGAACAGAUAUUCUUAAAGAACAUCAUAGAAAAAAACUUCGUUAUUAACUUGACAAAAGAUUGACCUUAAAAGACUCUAAAGAGAUUGAUAUUUCAUCAGUAUUUUAUUUUUUUAUAAAUUUUGAGUUUAUUUUUUAAAAUAUCAAGCUACUUCUGUAAAGCAUGUUUUUCAAUUUUUGUAUAACUUAGGAAAUGUUCAAAGACUGAGUCUGUUAUUGUCUGCUGGUCUAGAUUUAACAGAAAUUGCAUUCUGUGAAUAUAUUUAAUUAUGAAAAUUACAGUUAAGAUAUCAGGACAAAUGUAGACUAUCCUGAAAAUUCAAUUUUUAAAAUGAAAGAACCCCUCAAUUCUCAUCUGGAAGAAGUCUAUAAAUUUGUACGGAUCAGGAAAACUGGGUGGCCCAACUAUUCUAUUUAAACAGCCCAAAUCAAAUGAUAAUUAUGUUCUGAAAGUUAAGACUACCUAAGCAGAAGUGAUCCAAGAUAAAAUGGGCCUGAAUAUAGUCAGAGGAAAGGAAAGACAGUUUUAUGUGUAUGAAAUUAUAAAUGUUUAUCUGAAUCAUCUGGAAAUUUCAAUUUGCAACUUUGUAUCUCUGACUCAGUGAGCUGUGUUUUGGCCUGAAUAGCCUUAACUUUCUCCAGUCGUCUGUUUAAUCUCUAUUAUUUUUCUCCUCCAAGUCAAACUUGAUCAUGGAAGGCCAUCACAUAGUGCAUUUCUGCAUCUGGAGAAGUUCAUUUCAUUUUGUAGUGUAGGUCUUUAGAAUGAAAUAGAAAUUAAGUUUUCAAAAUUGUAAAUGUAAAUUAUAAAAAUACUUGAAUGAAAAAUACUUGAAUGAAAACUGAGUACAGUUCUUUUUUUCUUGAAAAUGUUGUAAAAGCCAUCUUAUAGACAUUUUGGGGGAUUGCCUCUCUUGCAACAGAUUGUCUCUGAUCUAAAUAUUUUCCCCCCCUCCUAACUGGUCUUAAGAGUCUUUGCUUGAAACAUUCCAUGCUAUAAACUUCAAGACCCACGCUAUCUUAAACUGGACUUCUUGGCCUAUCUGGUUCCUCACUACUGAUGAUAUUGUUGAUAGGAAACCCAUUAAAUGCACUCGAAUAAGACCUUUAGCCCUCCUUAUUAAAACCCUUGGCUUUUAUCUGCAUCACUGAGCUGCCCUGACCCAUGGACAAACUAGUUAAAUCUAUCCUGAACUAGUUUCAAUGAUGACUUAGCCAUGAUUUGAGAGUUAGCUGUGGACCAUCAAACCCUUUCUUUCUUUGGCUGUGUGAUUUUUAGGAUUUUUCCAGCUGUAUUCUGCACAUUAAAAAUGCACCUAUAAAAAAAAAAAACCUACAGUUUUUAACAUCCUAAUUUAUCUAUCUCAGUAUCCCCCCAAAAUGGCUGCAAUAAAUGAAGAUAAUCUAAUAAUUUACAUUAUUUGCCUCUCUUGAGGUCUCUGGACCUCUCAUAUAAUUUUUUACUUUCACAUUCUUCCCUUUAGCCACUAUUCAUUCAUUUUCACUACCACACUUUCUUGUAUCUUUUUUUUUUCCUUUAAAAUAACUACACCUCCUAGUCACUGUAGUCCAUUACAAUCACUCUUCCUAAAGCAUUGCUUUUUUGUUGUUUACUUGCUACUCCAAAACCCUUCAGUGACUUUCCAUUGGCUUACAGAAUAAAUUCAGAAUUUAAAUUUGAGAAAAUUCCCACCGAAUUAAAUGCCUUUUUUCAUAAUUCUCCUCCCUAAGUUACUUCUACUUCCACACUUCCACUGUAUUUCCACACUUCAACUGUAUUUAAGACUUUUGUCUUAGCCUUGCAUUUCUAUUUUAUGUAAUUACCUUCCCUUUUACUAGAUUGUAAGCUUUUUGAGGCAGAGAUCGUUUUCUUAAUCUGUCUUCCUGGAAGUGAUUUGCAUAAUAGCUGCUUAAUAAAAGCUUAUUUAAAUUAAGAAAUAA